CGUGCCGGAAACGCUAGCUAACUGUUCAGUUACACGAAGAGAUUUUUCUUUUCGGCUGGAUAACGUCAGAUAAUUUUUAAGACGCAAGAACGCGAUAUUUAGGCAGUCGUUUACAACCUGUUGUUUCCUGGAAUUAGUUAACAAACGUCACAGGGAAGGCGUUAAGAAUAAUUUCAGGUGUCGGUUAGCUUCAGGGCAGCAGCUCGGCACUCAGCUCGUCUCUCAGGCUGUCUCUUUCUCGCUUGUGCUAAGCUAGAGGCUAGCGGGCUAGCGCUGUCUCGACUGUGUUGCAGCGCUUAACAGCGUUUUAAAUGAAAAAACAUUCUCUGUCCUUUUGGCCACGUCGUUGUGGGAGUACGCUUCGUUUGGGUCGUUUUGCGUGAAAAAAAAAAACAUUUCGGGUUGCUUUUAUUUGACAUGGAAGCUUGAUAGCUAGCUAAAGUGUCUAGCUGGUAAGUAGUUAUUGGGCCACAGCUGGAAGUGCAGCUCGCGAUACGAGACAGUAAAAAAUAGACCAUAAUAAGCGUAAUAAUUAAUUAUUAAUUUGCUCGUUUUACUGAUGAAUUACUGUUUGUGCUACUUGCUGUUGGGUGUGAAGAGCUGAGAUUAACUAUAACCGAGGUGGCGGUGACUUGGGUUGGACAGCUAUGCCAAGUGGCAAUUAAUUGAGAGACAGUUAGAAACUCCGAGGCGUUGGAGGAGGUAAAAAAAAUAAAACAAGGACUGGGUGUGAGAUUUAAUUUCUUGUUGCACGGAGGGACAUGGCCACGGCCAGUAGUAUGGCUGCAUCGCUGGCGAGUAAAACGAAAACGAAGAAAAAACACUUCGUGGCUCAGAAAGUGAAGCUGUUUCGAGCCAGUGACCCUCUGCUCAGUGUGCUGAUGUGGGGAGUCAACCAUUCGAUAAAUGAGUUAAGUCAUGUUCAAAUCCCCAUCAUGCUGAUGCCUGAUGACUUCAAGGCCUAUUCGAAGAUCAAAGUGGACAACCACCUGUUUAACAAGGAGAAUAUGCCAAGCCACUUUAAAUUCAAGGAGUAUUGCCCUCUCGUUUUCCGUAAUUUGAGAGAACGGUUCGCCAUUGAUGACCAGGACUUCCAGAAUUCUCUGACUCGCAGUGCACCCCUUGUUAGCGAAGCUCAGGGGCGUAGCGGUGCCCGCUUUCACACCUCCUAUGACAAGAGAUAUGUCAUUAAGACCAUCAGCAGUGAGGACGUAGCGGAGAUGCACAACAUCCUUAAAAAAUAUCACCAGUUUAUUGUUGAAUGUCAUGGUACCACAUUGCUGCCUCAAUUUCUGGGCAUGUACCGCAUCACCGUAGACGGAGAUGAAACCUAUAUGAUUGUCACACGGAAUGUCUUCAGUCACCGCCUGUCUGUCUAUAAGAAAUAUGACUUAAAGGGGUCUACAGUUGCCAGGGAGGCCAGUGACAAGGAGAAGGCAAAGGAGCUGCCUACAUAUAAGGAUAAUGACUUCAUUAACGAUGGACAGAAAAUAUACAUCGAUGAGGAAAAUAAAAAGAUAUUUCUUGAGAAGCUCAGAAAGGAUGUGGAGUUCUUGGCACAGCUGAAGCUAAUGGACUACAGUCUGCUGGUGGGCAUCCAUGAUGUGGAACGAGCAGAGCAGGAGGAAGUGGAAAGCGAGGACAAUGAAGGAGAUGAUGAAGGAGAGAGUGACGGAGGGAUUGUUGGAACACCUCCGGACAGCCCCAGCAACACUCUGGACAGCACCAAACCCCUUUCACCGGGAGACUUUGACCCUACUAUUGAUGUCUAUGCAAUUAAAAGCCAUGAUAAUUCCCCUCGGAAAGAAGUCUACUUUAUGGCUGUUAUCGACAUACUGCAGCAUUACGAUGCCAAGAAAAAAGCAGCUCAUGCAGCCAAAACAGUCAAGCAUGGAGCCGGAGCAGAGAUAUCUACCGUGAACCCGGAGCAGUACUCUAAAAGAUUCUACGAGUUCAUUACCACCAUUCUGCCCUAAACUUGAGCAAAACUCACAGGGGCAAAGAGGAACGCUGAUGGAGGGGUGCCCAAUCGCACUCACCCACCCUUACAGCAGCUACAACCACCAUUCGUUUACAUUUUUUUUUUAUUUGUUCUUUGCCGUUUGUGGGACCAUAAUUGUGAUAAAACAGUAACAAGUAUAAAUCUUUGUGGGAGCUAAGGAAAUUUUUUUUCCUUUAUUUUUUUUUUUUUUUGGCUUUCCAAUGCAUGUCCCUCAUGGCAUUUUUAAUUCAUAUGUGAUGGUGUGCGUGGCUCAGUGAAUGGACAUGUACCUGUAGAAUGAAGUCACUCAGAAUGGAGGCUGAGAAGGAAUGGAGCAACUGCUGUAGACUUUCCAACUUCAGACAAAAUGGAAAUGUGAAGCUAUUCCAUGCAAAGUCAAUCACCCCCCCCUCCAAAUCAUCAAAUAUGAUUUCUUAAAAUUAUAUUUUUACAUGCUUUACCAGAAAUUGCAUUUUAUCAGUCCGCCCCGUUCAUCUUUCAAAGUUAAACCCAAAUUUAACCAAAAUCUUCCUUCUAUUUGUUUUUUUAUUUGCAUUUCUUCUAGUUAAAGGCUGCAGCACUUGUAGAUAAACAUACUUUAAUUUUCCUAGUUGACAAAACUUCUCCUUAGUUUAUUUCUCCAAGAUCAUGACUCUCCUCCUCUGAACAGACUGACUGCAAAGAAAACGCUCCUGAGCUCCAUUUACAUUUACGAAGGAAUGCACCUUCUGACUGUUGCAUGUUCCUACAGUGUUUCACACGAGUGUGUGGUGGUGUUUUUUUUUUUUCUGUGUUUUGAAAUGAACUAUAGGAGGUUCAGAUGAUUUUGUCUAGAAUUUUACAUCCUGAAAAGGCGUUCUAAUGAACUGAACAGAAGCAACAGCAUUGGUGGCAAUCACUUCAGUCUGUAAAAUCUGUUACGGGAACGAUCUUUCAUUUGCCAUCAGCACCUUAAACUGUUGCACUUUUUUUAUUUUAUUUUUUUUUUAGAAUCUAUUGGUCUGUUACGUACUGCAACAAUAGCACUAUGAGGCACUAUUGAAUGCAGUCCGUGGAUUUGUUACAUCACAAGUUUGCUUGUUCUAGGCAGAAAAGUUAUAGUUUACCUCUUUCAUCGUUUAAACAAAUACACACUCAUUGCUGAAAUGUAAGCAACAGUGUUCAUUCGGGGAGUUUGAGAAACACAGGAUGGGGGGGGGGUCCUGUGUGUAGGCAAGUGAUUUUUUUUUUUUUGCCAGUUUUGUAAACUUUACGUUUUAACUUGGCAGUCGAGUCAACAGUGUAUUGUAUAUUUUGCACAUAAUGAACCAGAAGUUUAGAUAAUCCCUUUGGUUCGAUAGAGUGGUAUUUACAGGGGGGACAUGCCACACCUGUAAGCUUACAAAAUGGACUCAUAACUGAUUUAUAAGAACUCCAGUCGACUCUUAGGAAAGGUCAAUAAUUGUUCAUGUUAAGCGUCAUGUUUUCUUACUUAGUUCAUAUAAAGCUGUGCGAAAUGCCUAGAAUUUCUACGAAUUUUGCAUGUAAUUGGUAUUUGUUGGUAUUGAUGUGUCGAAACAUGGCGCCCCCUCUAGAACGUUGACUCUGAAAUCAGAAUCAACAUUUUCUUAUUUGUUGAUUCAGUUUUUAAAUUAAAUGCACAGUUUUUAUUUGCAUUUUAAGUUGUACACGGAAUUUUUCCGCAUUUUAAGCAGCACAUCCCUAUCGAGUGAAGUGUUCUGAUAAAUGAAGAAUGUUACUGUUUUAAAUUGUGCAGUACUGUAAAAAGUUUUGUUUAUUUUGAAUAAUGCAUGUUGCAUUUGUUUGACCUGUUCAGCCUGAAGCCGUGUGUAACCGCCACGCCUCCCAGAAAAAAAAGAAAGGAAAAAAAGACAACAAAAAACAAAAAUAAUAAUAAUAAUAAUAAUACUCGCGCUUAUUUCUGCCGGUCUUCUACCUGCUUUAUACUGUGUCAGCAAUGUAUACACUGUGCAAGAGUCGUGCCUUUUUACUCCAAAUGAUUUAAUUUUGUAUUCUUAAUCCUAGUUUUUUUUUCUCCAAAGGUGAAAUCUUAUUUUCUAAUAUCUGUGUGGUUAAAACAUGUUUGUUUGUUUGUUUGUUGUCUGUUGUUUGGCUGUGUAUGAGAAUAACACUCAAACUUUUAACCCCUUUUGUGUUCCAGUAGUGAAAAUGGCCCUGUGAAAGUUGACUCGGACUUCUGUUAUAAUGUUUUGUUUUUAUUAUUAUUAUUUUUGUUUAUCAAUUUAACCUCAGUAUUAUCUUUAAUCCAGACUAUUUUGCUAUUUCUGUCCGUUUUUAAUUUUUUUUGACCAAUUUGCGCAGUGGUUUUUCUUAUUUUUAUUUUUUAAGUGUUACUUUUUUGGGAACAGGAGAGAGAGGGGAAACACCGACUUUCCCUGCAUUCGUCGUGGUCUUCGCAUUUGCAAAGAAGAAAAAAAAAAUAUAUAUAUAUACAUGUGCUUGAAUACUUGUGGUUUUGACACGCAGAAGCUCUCAGCCGGAAACCCGCUUCAUCUCGCGCCUCUGGCCUUCAGAUUUGCCAAAUCAGCACUCAGACUCUCCGCACAGGUUCUUCGUGUCAUGUAGAAAUCUUCACCGAAAAAUGAUGGAAGUUGUAUUGUGUGCUAUUAUCAGAUAAUGUCUCUUUUUAGGCUAUAUUAAAACGCGGCGAAACGUGUGCGUGUGUGUGUCCUGUUUAACUCCGCAGCUAGUUAAAAAAGAAAGAAAGAGAGCCCCCUUCAUCAGCUUGUAGAAAUAACUGUUUGCCAAAAGAUUGGCCUGUUUGAGGAUGGAAAGUGUUUAUAUGAGGGGUUUUUAGAAGAGUGGGAGGGGGUUAUUCAGAGUUUAUGAUGUUAAUCGAUAUAACACACUCCAUUUCAGAAGCAUCGCUCAAAACCAAUAAAGCACUUUGCAAAUC